AUGAGAAGGAGUAGGAGGAUGAUUGAUUUGAAUUUGGGAGAAACAACGAGCGGUUUUGAUCUGGAAAGAGCAGUUUGCAAUCAUGGAUUUUUCAUGAUGCCUCCAAACAAAUGGAUUCCUUCUUCCAAAACUCUGCAGCGUCCACUUCGACUCGCUGAUUCCACCACUUCUGUUCUCGUCUCUAUUUCUCAACCUUCUUCUCAUCUCCUCAACAUUCAAAUCCAUUCCUCCCCAUCUUUCUCCCCUCUCGAUCGCCAGGCUAUAUUGGACCAAGUCACUCGAAUGCUUAGGAUUACAGAAAGGGAUGAAGAAAACAUUAGAAAUUUCCAAAAUUUGCAUGCGAAAGCCAAAGAGAUUGGGUUUGGUCGACUCUUUCGUUCUCCCACUCUGUUUGAAGACGCAGUGAAGUCCAUCCUUCUAUGCAAUGCCACGUGGAGAAGGACAUUGGCAAUGGCUGGACAGUUGUGUGAGCUACAGGCCAAACUGGGCCGAGGCCCAAUUACUGAUGGCAAGAAAAGAAAACGGAAAGGCAAAGGAGAAUGCGAAUUGGAGGGAGGGAAUUUUCCAACUGCGGCAGAACUUUGUAGAAUGAGCGUUUUGUUGUUGCAGAAACAUUUUAUUGGUUACAGAGCAGUUUACAUCAUUGACCUCGCUCAAAGGGUUCAAAAUGGCAAAAUCGAUUUGCAAAAGAUUGAACGAGCUCUUUCCUUUCCUAAAAUCAAAGGCUUUGGUCCUUUUACAACCGCCAAUGUGUUCAUGUGCCUCGGACUCUACGAUCGACUCCCGAUCGAUACUGAAACCAUAAGACAUUUGAAACAGGUACAUGGAAGGCAAGAUUGCAACAUGAAGACAGCGGAGGAAGCUGUUAAAGAUGUUUACGACAAGUACGCUCCUUUUCAAUGCUUGGCCUAUUGGAUGGAGCUUGUUGAGUAUUACGAAAGCAGAUUUGGGAAGCUAAGUGAAUUAGGUUGGCAUGAUUAUAAAAAGAUUAGUGGCACCACCAGGCACCCUUAA